AUGGUAUGCUGUCGACGGACCUGCUGGAUGUUGCCGUCAAGAACAAGGCGCGAUUCCUCCCGGGCACCUCGUUCGGACAGGUAUGCACACACACACACACCCUGCCACUUUGUAUUUGUGUGUGUCAUUUGUGUGUGGCGUGUCAUGUGUGGGUGCAGGGCUUCGGUUCGUAUCUGCGGUUGAGUUUCUCCUACUACAGCGCCGAGGACAUCGAGGUGGGCGUCAAGCGGCUGGCGGAGGCCAUCACACAGCUGCAAAUUUCACCACCAGUGUGAGUCUCUUUGUCUGACAUACCCACGCACAACAGAACUCGGGCCGCAGUUCAUCCCCUCAGCCGAUGGAAUGUGUGUGUUCGUUCAGCGACAUGGAGCCACAGGAGCAGGAGCAGCAGCAGCACCAACAGCAACAGCAGCAGCAGGGGGCUCACCACCAUGACCAGGGAGGGAGCACUCGUGAGCGUCGGACACGCACACGCACAGCCCCACUCCCAUUCCUUCACUGUAUCCCCCUCUUGUCCGUCAGGCCCCUCCAUCGCCCGAUCCAUGUUCGACCACUUCGCCAACCUGUGCUGCCCCACGGCCCGGGCCAAGGAGGGGGGGCCGGCGUUCUACGACGUGAAUGGUCAGCAGCCAUUAAUGAAUGGCAUCCGCGCACAUAGCAAGCAUGAAUGUCCUGUGGGAUUGUCUGUUGGUUGCAGUCCGCGAGGAGCAUCUCCGGGGUAUGAGCAGCACACGGCUAUACGAGUUAAUGUGCCACGGUUGCUGUCCCUGCUCUGUUGUGUGCAGGCCGGGGCAGCAGCACCGCCACACCCGCCAACACCAACCACGACACCAACAAAGACACCAACAAGCCAGCGCUGGUUCGGGAACAAAAGAAGUCUGACACAAGUCAGGUACCCAUUGCUGCUGUCUGCGUGUGUUGUCGUCUGUGUGUGCAGGGGGCGAUGGGGACAAUGUCCACCAGGGUACGUGAGUCAGAAUGCCAAGAAGGCAGCCAAACACGCCGACCAUCGUGCCGUUGUCUCCCAUGUGUGCAGGAGUCCCUCCCCGCGUCACCAACGGCCAAGGCCAAGCCCAAGGUAUCCACACUCGAGAGAAUCAGCAGUGUCGUGACGCACACAACCACACACACACACAUUGCCCUUUUGUGGCCUGUGUGUGUGCGGUUGGUUGGGUGCAGCAGCCUGCCUUCCACGCCCAGCCAGCCGAGCAGCAGGAGGACGACCAAGAGGACGACCACAGCCAGCCAGAAGGUACUACGUUGAUAUCUAUAGAGAUACGCGUACAUCUGUCGUAUGUGUCUGUUAUGCCCUUUGUGUGCAGCAGGAGGGCAAGACGACGCGACGGCCGCGCAGAGGGCGGGUAGGAGGAAUCAAUCAGUGAUCGUCGCACGGCAGAGAUGGACGUGCUCACUGUGUCUGUGCCGCUGCAGCCGUGGAGCGGACCGAGCGGGAGGGCAUCGACGAGGAGGCCUCGGAUGACCACGAGGGUAUGUGUGGGGGCGACACAUCACUAUGCACACACACACCCUUGUGUGUUGGGCUGUGCGUAUCGAUGCAGACUUCUGGAUUGCGGAGCUCCCGCAACACGCCCACCCCGUGCACAGCCACCCGGAAUGGUUCCUGGGUUACCACGGCGACG